GAUACACUCAACUGCUACGCUACAAUCUCUAGGCUGAACCCGUGGAAAGAACGAAGUCUCCGCUCCGAGUAAUCCAAGGGUAAAGAGUAAGUGUAUGCCUAUAAUAUAAUAGGCUACGUCGUCGAAUAAUUAGGUUACAUGGACUCAAGGGAAGGCAUUUUUUGGCGGAGGAAUAUAAUUGCAUAGCCUAUUAAACGGCUUGGAAGCGCACAGACGCACAGCCCGCAGAUCAAGCACAGUCGGAAACGCUUUUUGCUGCAUAUCUGACCGAAGGCUAGGCUACUUAUGCUGUGUGGUUCGUUUUUAUUCACACACUGGAGUUGAUAGCAUCCUCGUCUCUUGUUAUUGUACGAUUCGCUGUUGGAAUUUCUGUUGUCUUUCCCGAAGAAGUGGUCAUUCGAAGUAAUUUUAAAGGGAUUGUAGUUGUUUGUAGUAAACGCCUGCUUGGUGCGACUGGAUACGCCGCUUGAGUAGGCUAUCCGCUGAUUGAAGUUAGUACAUCUCUACCGACCGGUCUUAAAAUUGUGAUUAACAGGAUUGCCUAGAGCAACGCUACAAUCCAAGAAAUCGGGGCAACUUCAACUUUUAUUUCACAGCAGAUAAAGAAACUAAAUAUCUGCCAGAAUGCCUCUUGCACACCUUGCGGAACCAUGGCCCCAAAUGGAACUAAUUACACUGGAGACUGAGAAUGGGCAAAGCGUGGCUGAGGAUGGACUCACAACGACUGGUCACAAGGAGGAUGACAUCAUUAAGGAGAUCAACAUUACGCACGUGGUCAAGGAGGGCUCAGAGAAGGCUGAUGCACGGCAGUUUGAGCUACUUAAAGUGCUGGGCCAGGGAUCCUUUGGCAAGGUGUUUUUGGUGCGGAAGGUGACACCGCCUGACAACAACGAGUUGUACGCCAUGAAAGUCCUGAGAAAAGCCACUCUCAAAGUGAGAGACCGUGUGAGGACAAAAAUGGAGAGAGACAUCCUGGCAGACGUCAACCACCCCUUUGUAGUCAAACUCCAUUAUGCUUUCCAGACUGAGGGCAAGCUCUACCUCAUCCUGGACUUCCUCCGAGGAGGAGACCUCUUCACCAGGCUGUCAAAAGAGGUGAUGUUCACAGAGGAGGACGUGAAGUUCUACCUGGCAGAGUUGGCCCUGGGUCUCGAUCAUCUCCAUGGCCUCGGCAUCAUCUAUAGGGACCUCAAACCUGAGAACGUUCUGCUGGAUGAAGAGGGUCAUAUCAAACUAACAGAUUUUGGCCUGUGCAAAGAGGCUGUUGACCACGAGAAGAAGGCCUACUCCUUCUGCGGGACGGUGGAGUACAUGGCCCCUGAGGUGGUGAACCGGCAGGGCCACAUCCACAGCGCCGACUGGUGGUCGUUUGGGGUACUGAUGUUCGAGAUGCUGACAGGAUCACUGCCAUUCCAAGGAAAGGACCGCAAAGACACCAUGAAUCUCAUCCUGAAGGCCAGGCUGGGAAUGCCUCAGUUCCUCACUUCUGAGGCCCAGUCGCUCCUCAGAGCGCUAUUCAAGAGGAACCCAUCCAACAGACUGGGUUCGGGACCGGAUGGUGCAGAGGAGAUCAAACGGCACCCCUUCUUCUCCACCAUCGACUGGAAUAAACUGUAUCGACGAGAAAUCCCUCCCCCAUUCAAGCCGGCGGUGGCUAGGCCCGACGACACCUUCUACUUUGACUCAGAAUUCACGUCCCGCACACCCAAAGAUUCCCCAGGCGUUCCACCCAGUGCCGGAGCCCACCAGCUCUUCCGAGGCUUCAGCUUUGUCGCCCCGGCAAUGCUGGCGGAGGAGGGGUCAGCAGAACCGGUCAAGCCUUCACCUCACCCAGUCGUCCAGCAACUCCAUGGGAAGAAUGUGGUGUUCAGCGAUGGUUACACGUUGAUGGAGGACAUCGGCAUGGGCUCCUUCUCUGUCUGCAAGCGCUGCGUCCACAAAGCCACCAACAUGGAAUAUGCCGCCAAGGUGAUUGACAAGACCAUGACAGAUCCAACAGAGGAGAUAGAGAUCCUGCUGAGAUACGGUCAGCACCCAAACAUCAUCACCCUAAAGGAUGUUUAUGAUAACGGGAAGCAGGUAUAUCUGGUGACUGAGCUGAUGCGGGGCGGAGAGCUGCUCGAUCGAAUCCUCAAACAGAAGUUUUUCUCGGAGCGCGAAGCCAGUGCCGUGCUUCACACCAUCACCAAGACUGUCGAAUACCUCCACGUGCAGGGGGUGGUCCACAGGGAUUUGAAGCCCAGUAACAUCUUGUACGUAGAUGAGUCGGGGAAUCCAGAGUCAAUCCGGAUCUGUGACUUUGGUUUCGCCAAGCAGCUGAGAGCUGACAACGGCCUGCUAAUGACCCCCUGUUAUACUGCUAACUUUGUAGCCCCAGAGGUGUUGAAGCGCCAGGGUUACGACGAGGGCUGUGACAUCUGGAGCCUGGGGGUUUUGCUGUACACCAUGCUGGCCGGCUUCACGCCGUUCGCCAAUGGGCCCGAGGACACCCCAGAGGCUAUCUUGAGCCGGAUAGGCAGCGGCCACUUCACUCUGACCGGCGGUAACUGGGACGCGGUGUCCGACGCCGCCAAGGACCUGGUGUCUAGGAUGCUCCAUGUGGAUCCCCACCAGCGGCUGACAGCCAUGCAGGUCCUCCAGCACCCCUGGAUCGUCCAUAGAGACAAGCUUCCCAACAGCCAGCUGCAGCACCAGGAUGCCAAGCUGGUCAAGGGGGCGAUGGCGGCUACCUACUCGGCCUUGAAGAGCUCCCAGCCCACACCAGAGCUCAAGCCCAUCGAGUCAUCUUUCCUGGCCCAGCGGCGUGUCAAGAAACUCCCCUCAACCUCUCUGUAGGACCACCGGAAAGACACCCUGGAGGCCCCAAGAGUCCAGCUAGAACUCCCCCGGCCAGCCAGCCAGCCAGUUAACCAGUCAGGACAGGACAAGUCUCUCAGGACUGAAGAGCCAAGUAUUACACCGUCUGACCAGCCAUGGACCAAUGACUACUCUGCUAAAGGCCUCUCCCCCUGCCUGUGAUGUCAGCAGUGGGGGCAUGUUCACUGGCUGUCCGUCACACUGGACUAGAGACGGGACGUGGCUGGGGAGGGGCUGGUUGUGGCAAAUGAUUUAACAGUAUAUUUUGGAUAAGAGGCGUGUGCGUGCACGUGCGUGUGAGUUUGCGAGACGCAACCUGCUACCGCAAAGGAUGUUCAUGGCACAUUUGAACAUGUUUCGGUAGUGUUUCUGUUCCGCUGGGAGUGGCUGUCACUCAGCUCUGUUGUUUUGAUUGGCUGUCCUACCCGCCUCGGCGUGACUGGGAUUGGCUGUCACUAAGCUUUCUGUUGUUUGGAUUGGCUCUCCUCUCAGCAUCUCUGGGAUUGGCUGUUGCUCAGCUUUCUGCACGUCUGCUCCUGUCUGUCCGUUUGGUGUGUCUUUCUUUCUAGAGUUGUUCAUCUGUACAUGUUUGUGGGCUCCCGACAAAUCCCUAGGUUUUCUUGUUUUUCUAUGGAAAGCUUUGAAGGGACUAAAGAGCAGUCCCUCACAUGCAUUCAAAUUUUUUGACUGAACUUAAAAAAGAUUAUUCUGCCAUAAAUGCCUCUUGUUAUUAAGACUAUACCAGAACCAGGAAUUCUAGGUAAUGUAGUCAAUGCUAAUGUUUUUUCCAGUCUUUUUCACUUGCCGUCGCAUGACUUGCGUAUAGUCCUAGGGAAGGUUGCAGGAUGUUGUUUGCAUGGUCUGGUGCUCUGUCACGUCAUGUUGCUUUCUCCUUCUCUUUGCUUUAGUUGUCUUAGUAACUUUGCAGAUUCUGAUAUUAAAAUAAUUAGCAUUUUUUGAUUAAAUAAGAAAAAUAAAAAGAUUAUCUUUUAUGCCCUGAACAAGAUGACAUGUUGGCAUUACCAAAUUUUUGUUACUUUCUUUUUUCUUGGACUUGCUGUCUCCUUUGUCUGGUUAUGGCCUGUUAUUGUGUAAUGUUUUAUUUUUCAUUCCAAAAAAUUCUUUAGAAAGUACUUUUGUGAAAGACAUGUCAAGCAAAAACACACUGUCAGGAGUGUCCAUGAUUUACUUUCUUUUCCCACAAUGCUCCUCUUUAUUUCCUCUCGGUUUCAAUGACUAAAGGUUAUGUAAAGAGACAGAUUAUGUGAGACAGAUUGUCUGAGGGAUUUUACGGGUCACUCUCAAAUGUCUCUGUAAAACCUUUGGCUUUUAUAUGGCCACAGUCUAUCGUUUUUUGUGAUAUUUUGAUUUGUCUAAGUGAAUGUCUACUGGUCAGUUUGACUGUAACGUCUUCUAGGCCCAUAUCCAGAAUGAAUCUGAGUUGGCGUGCUGAUCUAGGAUCUGUCCAUGGUGAAAAGGAAACUAGUCUAGUAUUGACUAGUUGACAAUGGUUAGGGGUUUGACUGUGUGUUUGGGAAUACUUUCAGCGUGGCUGCUUCCCUUUAAACGAGUCAAUCACUGUUUCAAGCCACACCCACCAAAUAGGAGCAAACAUAAAUCCAAAAAGGUCUGUUCAAGUGGUAACGUGUUGUUCAUGUGAAAUGGUUCCGGAACAUGGUGAAUGUUCAAGUGGUAACGUGUUGUUCAUGUGAAAUGGUUCCGGAACAUGGUGAAUGUUCAAGUGGUAACGUGUUGUUCAUGUGAAAUGGUUCCGGAACAUGGUGAAUGUUCAAGUGAAUUGACAGCAUGUUAACCCUUCUGCUCUGAGACAGGCCCUGGUCCCUAGAACUGCAUUCUGGGUACAGGACUAGUACAGCACUGGUCAUAAUGAUGUCCAUCUUGACUAGUUGUCAUCAUUACUUGUGGUAUGCAUUCAUGCAGUUUUAGUCUCUUUUUAUUUCCCUCUUCAGGGUGGGUUACUUAACAUCUAAUGUCUUCCCCGCCCCUCGUCUGGGAGACCUGCCCCUCGUCUACAGUUAAAGAAUACUCUUCCAGUAGCUUCGUCAUCUUUAGUCUUGCAUAUCCGACGCUAAUCUGUACAAAGCAAGAUGACACUUCCUCAGGGAAACUCGCUAUUUAGGAGCAAAACUACGCAAAGAAGGAAUGGUUGAAUAGCGUCUACCACAGGCCAGGACUUCUCAUAAUAAAAAUAUCCAUUAUAUUUGAGUUGGAAUCCUACCAAUCGGAAUGCAUUCUGUUAAAGUUAAGAUUUGUGUAGCUAUGACAUUUCGAGAUUACAUUUUAAUUUACUGUGACGAUAUAUUCCUCUUCUCUGUUCUAAUUGUCGCUUUCUUUUAUCUAUGAGGGUCCACCCCUGCUUGCAGCAAAAAGAUUAGCCAAUAAACUGUGACCGACCGCAAAUACACACGCCUAUGAUGGCCAAUGAAAAUACUUUCUUGCUGUGUUUUUUCGCUGAUAUUACCUGCGUGUUUGAACCCCUAAUCCGGGAACUUUUAUUUGGUGUGAAACUAUCAUGUAUAUGUUCUUCUGACUGUAUUCUUUAUUCCGUGUGGAACUGUCACGUUCUUCAUGUACUUGUCCUGUUCCCCAUCAUGGCGGUGGGAUUUCCGUCAGUUUAAAUUGGACGCCUUCCCAUUAAAGACCUUUUCUCUGCACCGA